GAGCGAAUCACUCCUUCAUUAUCGUGAAAGGUUUCACCACAGAUAUUCUUCGAGCCGGUGCUCUCCUCAUCUUCUCUGCGUUCACAACUAUGCGAGGACUGUAGCGCGGACUUCAGUCGACAUGGACAACAAACUGGAACACAUCCAGUUUUGGUGUUUACUGGGACUUUUGCAAUUCGCACCGUUGACAGUGGGGUUCAGCUUCGACAUUCGCUAUCCCAGAACAUUAAGUGUCCCGGACUCGGAGGCAGCAGGGUCCCAUUUCGGUUAUCGUGUCUGUCAGUUUGGACCGGCGCAGGGAGACAGCAGUGUGUUGGUCACAGCUCCUUUUCAAGACAAUGGGACAGGAGUGGUUUACGGAUGUUCUUAUGACAGUGGCACUUGCAAAGCUCUACCUGUACAAGUGGAGCCAGGAGUUUCAUUAGGAUUGUCACUAGCUUGUAAUGCUGACAGAGCUAUGGUGUGUGGACCACGUCGGAUCCAUGGCUGUGAUACUCUAAACUACCUCCAAGGACUUUGUGUUGAGCUGGGACCACAGCUUACGGUCUCACAAACACUGAAGCCUGCCUUUCAAGAGUGCCGUGAGUUUGGCUUGGAUGCAGUGAUUCUGUUUGACGGAUCUCAGAGUAUCAUAACCAGAGACUUUGUCACCAUGAUCGACUUCAUCAAAAACAUUAUUCGGAUGUUCACUGCCCCCCGUACACAGGUGGCAGUUGCUCAGUAUUCGACAGACACCAGUGCUGUCUUCCACUUUGAGGACUUUGUGUCUGACCCUAACCCUGACACCCUGAUGCGAUCCGUGGACCAUUUCCAGGAGGCGACAUACACCCCAUCAGCCAUCCGCUAUGUUCUAGAACAGAUGAUGACAGAAGAACGGGGGAUGAGGAAACAUUCCAGGAAGCUGUUGGUUGUGAUAACAGACGGCAAAUCUAACGACCCUAAAGAGACCUUUAACUCUGUCAUACCAUUGGCCGAGAUGAAGGCCGUCAUCAGAUUUGCCAUUGGGGUUGGGAAGCAAUUCUCUAGACAAGAGCUUGAGGAGAUUGCGUCUUUCCCAAACUUUGUAUUUGAGACAAACAGUUUUGAUGCUCUGAAAUCCAUUCAGAAUGAGCUUAGGGAGAAGAUCUUUGCAAUUGAAGGAACUAACUCGACCAACUCCAGGUCUUUUAAACAGGAACUGUCCCAGGGAGGCUUUAGUACCACUCUCUCUGGGGGUGUGUCUCUGUUUGGGGCAGUAGGGUCAUACUCAUGGUCUGGGGGCAUUGUGGAGGCAGCCAGAGGAGUGAAUGCCACGUUCAUCAAUGCCUCUGCACUGGAGACAGACAUGCAGAACUCAUAUCUGGGUUACUCAGUGGCAGUGGCAGAGACAGUGAAUGGCAGUAUAUAUUUUGCAGGAGCUCCCAGGUUCAACCAUACUGGGCUGGUCCUGGUCUUCCAGAGGGAUCCUCUCCAACAGGAGUGGACUGUCACUCACAGGAUACCUGGUUCUCAGCUUGGUUCCUACUUCGGGGCAGAGCUGUGUGUGUUAGAGAGCCAUGCUGGGCCAGGGGAGGGCCGUGCUGGGCUGCUAGUUGUUGGGGCUCCUUGGUAUCACACCCAGGAUGUUGGGGGAGAGGUCCACGUCUGUACGCUGGAGACUGGAGCACCCAACUGCUCCCUCACCCUGCGUGGAGUCCAGGGGAACGUCCAUGGUCAGUUUGGGACGUCUCUGUCCCCCUGUCCAGACCUGAAUGGGGACGGGUUGCCGGAGCUGGCUGUAGGAGCCCCACUGGAGGACAGAGGACAUGGGAGUGUUUACAUCUUCCUGGGACGCCCUUGGGGCAUCCAGGCCAAAUACAGCCAGAGGAUCCAGGGAGUGAGCGGGAGAGCGGGUAGAGGGCUGCAGUUCUUUGGAGUUUCGGUGCACUCUGCUGGGGAUCUGAACUCAGAUGGACUGGCUGAUAUGGUGGUGGGAGCUAAAGGAGCCGCUUUCAUAUUGAGGUCCCAGCCAGUGAUGCGUGUGUUGGUGUCUGUCACCAUGGACCCUCCCAUGAUCUCCCAGAACUCCUUCCACUGUGCCGGCCCCAUGGCCCUUAACACUCCCGUAACCACAGCCACUCUGUGUGUCACUGUCAGUGGGGCCCACGUGGGAAACAUACAGGCUUCUCUCCAGGCGUCAGUGUCUGUGACAGUGGAUCUACUGGAGGAUCAGACCAGGACCAGGCCAGCCCGUCUGCUCUUCUAUCCCAGAUCAACAUCCUCCAGCUGGGAUGAAACAGUUACAGGCACUGCCUGCCACAACUUCUCCCUCAGUAUCCCGGAGUGUAUAUCAGACUACCGUGAGGUGCCUCUGUCUGUUCAAAUGGCUGUGGAGGGCCAGGAGGUACCAGGGACAGGAGGACUGAAGUCAGUCCUGAGCCCAGACAACCCAACCUCUUUUGCACACAUGAUCUUGCUGGAGAAGGUUUGUGGCGAGGACCAUGUGUGUGUCUCUGACUUAUCAGUCAACGUCACCAGUCCAGAGGUGGUGUGUAGCCAAGGUUUCCCAGUAGAAGUGUCUGUAGAGGUGGCUAACAGUGGAGAGGAUUCCUCUGAGGCUCAGCUGACACUGGUCCACCCUUCCUCCAUAACCUUCAUUCGUGCCAAACGGCCAUCAGGACCAGGCCAGGUGGCUGUUUGGUGUGUGUCGAACACCACAGGACUAGAAAACAUCACACACACAGUGUGUCCCCUCAGCUCUACUGUCCUGAGACAGGGGGCACGGGUGACAGUGUUGAUGUCAUUCACAGUGUUUGAGCCAUCCUGUAUGAGAGAAAGACUGGCUUUAAAUGUGUUUGUUACUACUGAUAAUGAAGGGCAGGGCACCCUUCAGGAUAACUAUGCAAGCUCCUCUGUAGAUGUCAAACUUCCUAUCAAUAUUGUUGUGAAAGGAGGAUACUCCUCCCAAUACAUAACUUUCCCAGACAACAAACUUCUGGAGCACAUAUACAUGGUGGAGAAUAUAGGAAAUGUUGCAGCACCGGUCAAUGUAACAUUUGUGAUUCCAGUGGAGUUGGCCUCUGGUUACCUGUGGAAUGUGUCUCUUCUUCAAACAGAUAACAGCAGAGGAAAGUGUGAGAGGAAGGAGGUAUUCUCUAAACAGGAAAAAAACACUCUGUUUUAUCAGCACUGUAGUGGGGUCAUCUGUCAUCUGGUUGGCUGCACAAUAGGACUGUCAUCCAACAAUCAGCCAACCAUCUUCAAGUUUGUUGGGAAUAUCAGUAGAAGCUCAGAGGGUUCAGCGGUGCAGGUGGAGGUGGUCAGUUGGGGGUCGCUGUCCUUCGACCAGAGUGUCUACUCCCAGUACCCUGCCAUUGGUUCUCAGAGUGUGAAGAUUCUGUCCAUUCUGGAGACAACCCCUGAAUCCCACACUGCUCUCAUUGCUUCUAUCAGUGUUGUGUUUUCACUGUUGCUACUGACGAUAAUCUCUGGGGUUCUCUACAAGAAGGGUUUUUUCAAGAGCAGAAGAAUUGCCUCUGGUGGUGUAGAUUAUAGUUCAGCUGUUCCUGGUCGGACUGCAGCCCCUGGUGAUGACCAUGGUCUGACUUCUGAUAUUACCUCACUGGGGAAGAACACCCUGUAGCCCAGCGGCGGUCAGUGCCGUUUAAGUUGAGGGAGGAAGAUUUCUUUCAUGAGCAUGGCCUUAUUUCUAUUACAGCAUAUUGGAUGACUGUCAUUCAUAUUCCAGCGCAAUGUAACAUCGGAUAGGUUUAGGCUACUACAUGAUACUAGAAUUUUCCCUGUACCCAUCAUGAGGGUUCUACAACCUAGCCUAUGAAUGAAAGCUUACAACGUAGGUGCACACAGGUCAAGAGACACAUUUGAAGUGACAGACAGUGACACAUGGACAGACAGUGACACCUUGCACACUCUUGCCUUCAUCUAGCUGAUACAAGGUGUAGUCAUUAGUCCAACAUUUGCAAACAAAAGUUUCUAUUGGACAAAUUCAAGUAUGUUUAUCCCUGUUUUGUUCCGUUUAAGAAACGUGUUUCAACAGAAUCUGUGGAAUGAAUACACCCCUGAUCACGCGUAAACACAGUUCACUUUCACAGCAGCCACGUUGUAUUCCUUCUCACAUCUAUGCACUCUCCUCCUCUCACCUCUUUCCUUCACUUGUGGACUCCAAUGCACAUCAACUGUAUGUGACCAGGUGAAAAAAGCUUUCCAAGCCAAACCGCUACACACAGCCUAUAGCUAAUAGAACUAACGUGUAAGUAAACCCGCUACAAUCAUGCAGUAACGUUAGUGUACAGUCAGUAUUUUUUUUUUUUUAACCUUUAUUUAACUAGUCAAGUCACUAAAGAACAAAUUCUUAUUUACAAUGACGGCCUACUUGUAAAGCCCCCCCGGCCAACUCCUCCCCUAACCCAGACGACACUUGGCCAAUUGUGUGCCGCCCUAAGGGACUCCCGAUCACAGCCAAUACUCCCGAUACAGCCCGGGAUUGAACCUGGGUCUGUAGUGAUGCCUCUAGCACUGUAAUGCAGUGCCUUAGACCGCUGCGCCACUCGGGAGGCCAUAAGCAGUUACACCAGUGGGCCUUGGUGGCAAUAAAUUAGUAAUACCAUAAGCUUACCUUGACUUGGAAGGGUUCCAGUGUUUUGUUGGAAAGUCAUAGCCAGCUAGCCUCUUAAGGAUCGGACCCUUUUUGCCAAUUUUCGCCUAAAAUGACAUACCCAAACCAGGUUAGGGGACGGUUUGGCCAGCCGGGAUGUUCUUGUCUCAUCGUGCUCUAGCAAGUCCUUGUGGCGGCCAGGCACCUGCAAGCUGACUUCGGUUGUCAGCUCGACAGUGUUUCCUCUGACACAUUGGUGCAGCUGGCUUCCGGGUUAAUCGAGCAGUGUGUCAAGAAGCAGUGUGGCUUGGCUCUCAACCUUAGUCUAGUCCGUAAGGGAGUUGCAGCGAUGAGACAAUAUCCUAAAUACCAACUGGAUAUCACGGAAAAGGGGGUAACGCCAUGGGCCAGAAAAGUUUUAAUACAUUGGCUAUGCUGUCAAUACAGCAUGACUUCUGCCACGUUCAAAACAACUGGAAACUCGGAAAUCUACGACUUCAGUGAGUUCAAGACAACUGGGAACUCGGAUAAAACUAGCUCCGACUGGGAAAAUAAUUUUGAAUAGUCAUCCAACGCGGAAUUCCAAGUUGAGAGUCCAAAAAUCUAUGCUGCUGCAUAAAUUAUGUAAUAUCCCUCAUAACUUACCUACUGUUCUGACUUGAUGGUGCACAUGUAGCCUAUAACCUGUUUAGAUAAAUGUAAUCAUAGAAUAUUGUAAGAACUUUCAUUUUCUGUUUAUAUGCCCCCUUUAUUUGUCCUACAGUUCUGACUUGGUGUACAGGGAGAAUACUGCAAGAACAUCCCAUGUUCUGAAUUCUGUCACUACAUUUCAAAAGUGCUGAACAAAUAGUUUUUACUACAUCCGUCCUAGCUCGCUCAUGAAUGUCUUAAACGAAAUUACGAAUUUCCUCUUAUUCUCUCGUAGGUUCCCUUAUGCAACAGUUUGUACAGCUCAAUUGUCAGUAGAAACCACAUUUGUUUAAGCAAGUCAGCCAUAUCAGCUAUGUUUUCUAAAAAGGCAGUAUAUGAGGCUGAAUGAACUGUUUCACUGCCAGACAAGGCUCCGCUGAUAACCAGGUGUAGCAGUGGUAAGGUGUUGGGACUCUGCUGUUGGGACAGCUUUAUGUAGGCCCUAAAAGUUUGUGGGCACCGUUUGUUACCGUUAUAGUGAAAUUAAUGUAUUGUGUAGUGGCUUUGCUGGCAUGCAUUAAAAUAUAAAGAAUAUAUGUUUUAGUUUGCCCCACAUGCUAAAAUUGCCACUGCCUCCAUGCUUGACCAAAUCCAAUGCCUUAAAAUGCAUGGGGGGAGUGAACACUUCUAGAGAAGGGUAGAGAAUCGGAACGCAGCCCAAACCUGCUGAACCCCUCUGGUGUAACUAUCUCCCCAUGUACUUAUCUGCACUGUGAUUAACAAGACCUAUCUGAAAUCCUUUGUGAAGAGCCACAGCCAUCAGAGUAGCGAUCUUCACAGAACUGAAGCAGCGCCAUUCCUUUUGUGGACAAUAUUAAGUUAUACUUUUUAUGAUGCGUCUUUCAUAUACUGUACAAUUCCUUUCAUCCAUUUCUUUGUAUGUUAUAUUAACUCAUUAAGCACCGUCUUUGUUAAAAGUCCUACGGUUUGUCUAACAGCAGGGAAACUUGUCUCUUACAGUAUGUUUAUAAUGAAAAUAUAAAACAAUAUGACCAAA